GCUCCGAGGAGGGCCGCAAGCUGCUCAUGGUGCAGUGCAGAAACGAGAGGACGCAACAGAAGUUCCGGUACACGGCGGCGCGCCAGCUGCUGCACCUGCGCUCGGGGCUGUGCGUGGACGCGGGCGGCGAAGCGGGCGCCGACGCGCGCGCCGCGCCCUGCCGCGCCGGCCGCGCCGCGCAGCUGUGGCGCCCCGACUUCUGCGAGGACGACGGCUUCCGCGGCGCAGGUGACGGUGCGCUCUCCGAGCAGCAGCUGGCGCUGCAGAAGCUCCGCUCACAGCGGCGCCUUUCGCGGUCGCUCAUGGCCUACGACGAGGAGAACAGCGAGCGGCGUCACUCGCGCAUGAAGAAACGACACAGGAAAAACAGGUACAGGAAGCACGGCAAGAUGAAGCGCUCGCACGGGAAGAUGAAGAACAAGUUUAUCCUGAAGCUGGAGCGGACGCUCGCCAACAGGACCCCGGAGCACCUCGAGGUCGACAUCCACUGCAGGCACCAGCGGCUCUUCCCCAACAACAGCUUCGUCAGAGACCUCGUCACGAUACUUAACGACAAAAACAUCAAGGUGAUAAACAACGGGCGGGUGUUCGAGCGCAACCGCGUCACAGAGGUCGGCAAGGACUCUCAGACCGCGAGGCAGAAGGAAACCAAGGUUCUGGAGAAGAUGGACCUCCCGGGCAGCGGCCUGAGCGGCGCGCUGAACGUGGCGCCGCCGCCCCCCGCGGCCCCCGCGCCCGCCGCGCCGCAGCCGCAGCCCAAGAACAGCGUCGCGGGCGCGGCCAAACAGUGGCACCGCUCCAAGAAGCGUAAGCUUAAAGAGGCUCGUCAGAACGCGGCGUUGAGUUCGCCGAUGGGUGUCGGGCCUUCUCCGCCAGUGGAGACCGGGAACGCCUUGGUCGCGCAGGAUUCGCCUAUGGACAUCACCGGAGGCGGAGGUGGUGCUGAUGGGGACAAGAAGAUCAUCAUCGAAGACUUUGUUGAGGUCAAACCGAACGUCCUUAACGAAGAGCCUGUCAAGCGCAACAAGAAACGCAAACACAAGCCGCUCCCUCCGGGCCUCCGGCCUCCCCCGGAGCUGCCUCCCGGCCUGCUGGCUCCGGUCGCCGGCGACGCCGCCCCGCUCGACGACGGCCCCCUCUCCGACAACCUCGAGGACUUCGCGAGAGAGGACAAGCCUCUGCUGACCUUGAUCAACCAGAAGCGGCCCAACAUCGAAAGUCGCACCAAAGCUAAAACGCACGACUACGAGGACGGUGACGGCCGAUACUUCGACGACGCGCCCAUGCUCAACAGCGAAGUCGACAAGCGCGGCGACCGCGUCGGGCCCGUCGGCACAGGAGUCGCCGACGACGACGCCGACGCGCUGGAGAGUUUGGACACCGAACACGAGGAGUGGCCUUUAGGCGAGUCCCGCUACCGCGCGGGCGCCAAGGGCGCUGGCCGCCACGGGGGCCGCGACGCGCGCCGCCGCCCCGCCGCCGCCGCGCGGAUGCAGUGCAACGUAGUCCGACUGUCCCGCUCGACGCUGUGUCUACCGACCUCGCGAACGCCUCGGGCCUCGGCUCGGUCCGCCCGGCCCGCGGCCCUCGCAGACGCCGAGAGCCGCCGCGGCCGCCGCGCCCGCCCCGAACGAAGACUCGCCUUCGCAUUUUUUAGCUUGUACGGGUCGGCACGGUGA